UUCCACAAACCUUUAGCGAGGAUAUGCCUCGAAUGUACUGCAAGAUUGGUCAUGAGCGUGCCAAUCAAGGAGUGAUUGGUACAUUCAGGGGCGUGACAAGUGACAUGACUUCGAUUUGGUGAAUUUUGGUGCAAGGAGGCUGACUUAUCACGUGAGUUCUAUAGCUACGGGUUUGUCGAUGUUUGCCUCCGUAGCGGUGACAUGUCACAGGAUUGGCGCAAUGACUGACGACUCCUCGCAGUCCAAGUACUCUCAGUCAACCCUCGAGCCACUUUCAUAACCCAAUACUUUCUUAUAUUCAGAAUGAGAUCCAAAUUCAAAGACGAGCAUCCUUUUGAGAAGCGCAAGCAGGAGGCAGAGCGCAUCAGGCAAAAGUAUCCUGACCGAAUUCCUGUGAUUUGUGAGAAAGCGGAUAGGACAGAUAUUCCUACCAUCGAUAAGAAGAAAUAUCUAGUACCUUCGGAUUUAACUGUUGGGCAGUUUGUAUAUGUGAUCCGGAAACGUAUCAAGCUCGCCCCAGAGAAGGCUAUCUUCAUAUUUGUCGACGAAGUUUUGCCACCAACAGCAGCACUCAUGAGUGCCAUAUAUGAAGAACAUAAGGACGAGGACAACUUUUUGUAUGUUAGUUAUUCAGGAGAGAAUACAUUCGGGAAGAGAAAUGAAUCCGCCUAAGGUUGUAAUAUGUAUGGUUUCUGUCCUAUAUCUGACAUCGCUGGCUGAUUCGAUGAUUAUAAGUUGAUGUGUCCAGUCCGUUAGGUUGAGUGUCUCCCCGUUCUCUACCGUUUACAUGUAUGGCUUUGUGUAUUUUAGCCCGUUAUGUCUCAACAAACUCUUUAAUUAUACUUGAUCGUGCCACAAUGAGCUGGCAACCUU